GCCACUUGAGACAACAAAACCAAAUAUCCUCCUCGUCAAUAACCACUUCAGAGCCAUGCGAGGAGUAUUUGGAUGUCUGCUGCUGGCUGGACUGUCCCAAGCAGCCAAAGUAUACCUUAGUCCUUCUGUCUCUUUGCCUUCGCGUUUAUCCCCAAAGCAUGCAAGUCUGGUGCUUUCACACCAUCUCGGCCUCGAGCAAUUUGAAUCACUAGGGGACAACACAGCGGAAUUUGGCGGGCUGUUCAAUGAGCGAGCUUUUGUGGGAGAAGGUGAAAGAGAUGCCGUAUUUUUAGUCGUAGACGAGACAUAUGCAAACGACAUCCUCCCAUCUUCAAUGGAGCCUUCAUUCUCUCUUUUGAACACACCAUCUCUUUCUUCUCUUUCUUCCCUAGUUUCCACGUAUCUUCAUCGUGCAAGCCAUGUAUUCUCUUACAUCUAUUCCGACCUUUCGGUUCCGUCUCAAGGCGUUCCCCGCGUUCUCGACAUUUUCUCGACACCUUCACCGGCUAACGAAGCUUUUCUCGCAGAGGUUUCUGUACUCACGGAUUUCAUGGAUACAGAGCUCCACGAGGGCGGAUACUCCGCUGAGAAAUUUGCAGCCUUGGAGCUGUCAAGUCUUGCGCAGCUCGCAGUCACGUACGGUCGUUCAAGCGAACAAUACCAGGUCGCCACUCAGACAAUCAAGGCUUUCAUUGAUGCGUGCAUUGCAAGAAAAGCUAAUGUUGCCGUAUUAACAUCCGACGCCUUCACCCUUCAGAAACGUCAACAGCCUCCAGGGCAGUCUCCGCUUCCGCCAUCUGGCGUACCCCAACCUCCUCCGCGUGGUAUACCGUCUUGCUUCAACACAGCAGAGGCUUGUACAAAUGCGACUGAUUUUUGCUCUGGGCACGGACAAUGUUCGAGUACAUCAAAGCGGGGCCAGGAGUGCUUCGUCUGCACAUGUAGCGCCACGAGCAGUGCGCAAGGGAAAACACAAUAUUGGGCCGGUGAGGCUUGCGAGCGGAAAGAUGUCAGUGGUCCCUUCGUUCUGAUAAGCGGCGUCGUUAUAACAUUAAUUGUUAUAAUCGGUGGCUCUAUCUCAUUACUUUACGGUAUUGGCGAUGUGGAGCUUCCUAAUAUUCUCACUGGAGGUGUUGCAGGUGGGAGGAAGGAAUAGUGCAAAGAAUGAUCACUGUAGAUCAUGGAUAUGUGUUAUACUCGAUUCAAUUAAUUAUGAACUGAGACUGUUUCAAGGACUGAUUUAGGCCGUGUUCGUAUACCCUUUCAGAAACAGCAAGUUACCUCG